CCGCGUGAUUUCCAAUAUGUCGGACGAAGCCAGUUUGAAGUGCACCCAUGUAAUAUUUGACUUGGAUGGAUUGAUGUUAGGUAAGUUCAACUAUUUAUUUCGCUUACACGAUUCCAGGACUUGUCAGGAAUAACUUCCACGCAUCCAAAUUUUGAAAAAAUACCGGAUUGUGGUACACAAAAAAUAUACAGCUAUAAACAAGCGGUGGCUUAUACCGUGCGCCGAUAAUUAUAACCUAGCUGACUUUAUUAUUUCAUGAGACGAAUUUUGUUUACUGCUAAUUAAGGAAAUUUCAAAUUGGCAACCGAGAUGAAUAAUUUGAAAACAUUCAAAUCUCAAUAAUAAUAACCAGGCUGGAAUUAUUUAUGAAAAUUUUACUAGCCAACCUUUUGGAAACAUUCCCAUUUCCCCCUCUUCUAUUUUGAUAACGAGAAAUUUUGACCAUCAAAAUAGGACGAAAAGAGCUUGAGAUUGAGAGGGGAGUAAGGUGGUUGCUUCUUAAAAGAACACUGUAAAAAAUUUAUUGGAAGAGCAGUGAGGCAAGAUCUCAGAAAUGUAGCCAGCCCAUUUUACUGAACUUUGAUGUUGACACGUGGACAUAUACAUGCAUUUAACUUUAGGAGACUGUUUUGAAAUAUAAGAAGUUGGCAGUGGCCUAUGAUUGAAUAUGUUUUGUAGACCAGGAAGGUUACAAUGCAUUUUUAGGUGUUGACUGGAUGAAUAGUGGUUCAUUAGGAAGUAAGAAGGGUGCUUCUUUUGCAUAAGGUUGCAGGUGGCACCUGCAUGCUGUUAAUGAUAUUUGUGUUCAGAAGUAGUCUCUGAUGAAUAUAAGACAUUUUACUUAAUAUGUAUUUUUAUGAAAUCAAAGCUGCUACUCUAGCAGAGCAGGAGGUUCAAAACAGUGAGAGGUUUGGAGGCUUAAAAAAAUUAUACAAAGAUUACAGGACAUUCAUUAGGUUUCUGUGGACUGGACAUUAUGUAGCAUACCAACUUGGCAAUGGUUUUUGACUGAAAAUUACACUCUCUAUUACUUUUGAGCUCAAGGUGUUGUUGAAAACAAUUUAUGAAGGCAGUUUACCCACAGCUGUGCAGAGUACAGGGGAAUGGUAAGGAUUUUUUAAAGGAAGGAGAGAAGGGGAUGACACUGUGUCAAGCAGAAGGUGUUCACAAGUUUUUGCCACCUGAAUAUUGUAGAUUAAUUGCUUAAAAAGGCUUACAAAGGGGGAAGGGGGGAUCACAGGUGCCCAGGACUCCUCCUAGCUACCCCCUUGGAAAGGAGUUGUUGGACCCUUGAAUGUUGAGGGUCUGAAUAUAGUUGUGUGAAGAUUCAGUUACAUUAUUUACCUAACUAUGAUUUUUUUAAUUUCAAUAACAUCUUUUGAUAGAGAUUAUUGCAUCAGUUAUAAGUUAGUAAGAAGUCUUAUAAUUUGGUCAUUAACUUUAACCCUUUAACUCUCAAGAUCUGAUUGUCAAUUCUCCCCUCUAGCUGCUACACAUUUCCUUGUUAAUAAGUUAUGAGAAUUUGGGGUCAAAUCAAGAUAACAACUUCAACCUGAUAAGUUUGAAUGUUCUCAUGACCUGUUUACUAGAUAAUGUGUACAUAUUAUAGGGAGAAGUUACUUGUUAAUCACUUCUAAAGUGAUUAAAGGGUUAACAUGUUCUCUUCCACCUUUCUAUAACUUUGUAAUAUAUCAACUCAGCUAAUGAAUUAUACUCCACUUAUCAAACAGUCCUUUUUCAGGACUUUUUUCACCUGGAUAAUCAGACUUUGUUAUUAAUGGUUAUAUCAAUAAUUUUUCAAUAUUUUGCACCCUAGAUACAGAAUCAAUUUACACCAGAGUGACUCAAGAAAUACUAGACCCUUAUGGCAAGACAUUUGAUUGGUCAGUUAAAUCAAAGAUGAUGGGACGCAGCCCAAUGGGAGCUGCUCAGGUUUUGGUAGAAGAACUUCAGCUGCCACUGACAUCUGAAGAAUUUGUUGAGUUGUCAAAAGAGAAACUCCUGCAGUUGUUUCCAUCAGCUCCUUUGUUACCUGGUAUGAAUGUAAUUAUUUUAAUCAGGCUUGUGAGAGAAGAACAGAUGGUGGGUUGAAAGUUUUAAAAACUAUUUUUUUUCAUUUGGUCAUUGAUAUAAGGGAAGACGAUAAUUCCAAAAUCAAUAUUUGGGAAGCUAGUGAGAAACACGAAGGUCCAGUGCUCAGUGCUAUGGACUCGAGGUUGAAUGUUAAUUUAGCAUUAUUAAUAGAGUUGAUAACUAAAUUGACCACUGUAAAGAGUUUAAAAGCUGGCAUUUGAGUGUUAGCACUUUGUCAGAGGUGGAAAUUCCUCCAAUCACUCUGAAAAAGAGCUAGACUUCAAACACCAGCUUUUAAACUCUGUACCAUGGCCAAUCUACAUUAUCAACUCAGUUGAUAAUGCUAAAUUACCGCUGUUAUACUCUCCCACUGACACAGCAUCACAGUUUCUUUAAGAACUUACCCCUUUAUCCAGAUUAAAAGGUCUGUUUUCUUACCCAGGUAAGGUCAUUGUGUUAUGUUCUUGAACAAGACACUAUUCUCUCAUGCUACCUCUCUCCAUCCAAAAAUAUUAUUAGACAUCACCAAACUGUCAGGGAAACUGGACAAAAUACUGGUGGCAACUAGAUGAUGGGUAGCCUAUUCGCAGGCAUACCUUCCCCCCCAUCCUCCCUUUUAUUUCACCUAGGGUGGAGGGUACUACCACAUGUAGGCUAUGGGAUGAGCUGGAUUCCAGUCCAUAGGGAGUAGCAAUAUAUCUUACCAAUUCUUGCUUCUGAAACCAAGAUAAGCUCUAACGGAAUGGCACCUCUGGCUUUUAACCUGCCUUAAUGUGAAUGCAGGAAGCUUCUGUAAUUUACCAUAGGGUAAAAGGCUCUGAAUGCUGGGUCUUGACUAGUGACCCAGGAAAGCCAAAGUCACCAAAAGUAAGUAUUUCAUCAAUAGGCCAUUUUCAAUGUAUUGAAAUUCAAACUUGGCUCUGAGGCUUGGGGGAAUAAAACAAAAGAAAUCACAUCAAGAUUGAGGGAUGAAUAAUUAAUUUCUUUUACUUUAUUCUCCCCAGCCCUGGAUCCAUUUUAGAAUUUUAAUACAUCAUAAAUAGCCUAUUGCCACUUGGAGGAAACACCAUGAGGGUAAGGGAAAUUGGUCUGUUUAGAAUUGAGGUCAAUCAAACUCUUUGUAACAAAAGAGGAUAACCUGUAAUAACGAAAACAGGUGUUGAAAAAGACUUAAUUGCGGUAUGGCCCUUACUGGAAAAUCCUGCCUAUGUCCCUGAUUCAAAUGAAUUCCUGAUUGAUAUCAUUCUUGCAUUUAUUUUUUUUUUUAUAUAUAUUCAUUUACCUGUAGGAGUAGAAAAGCUUGUUCGUCAUCUUCACAAGCACAAAAUCCCCAUUGCAGUUGCUACAGGAUCUAGUGCAUCCCAAUACAAAAUCAAGACAUCGAAUCACAAAGACCUCUUCCAGCUUUUUUCGCACACUGUGAAAUCUGACGAUCCAGAACUGAAACACUCUAAACCUGCUCCUGAUAUUUUUCAAUUGGCUGCCGCGAGGUUCCACGCCCCUCCCACCUCACCACGUCACGUGCUUGUACUAGAGGACGCGCCAAACGGAGUCACAGCUGCACGCGCCGCUGGAAUGAAUGUUGUCAUGGUACCCGACAAGAGGGUAGAUAAGUCAAAAUGUUCGCAAGCUCAUUUGGUUCUUGACUCACUUGAAGAAUUCGAUCCAACCGCUUGGGGUUUUCCUCCCUUUUGACCGAAAAAAAAUUCAUAGACAUAGAUUGUGCGGAUAAGAAUUAUCUUACAUUUAUUAGCUUUUCACGAAAAUUUUGUAAUCAUUCACAUCUGAGAUAGAUUUUCAGUAUAACGUAAAUAUUUAAAUGAGUGAUUCGGACGGGUAUCAGUGUGUCAAAUUAAGAGCGAAUGCAUAUUUAUCCCCUCAAAUAUCAGUAUUGCUAAAUUACAAUGUCUUCAUUUAAAGUGGACACGAACCAAACGAAUCUUUGUAGUAGAACAUUCAUUCGACUACCGAUAACUCGAGCCUUCAACGGAAAUUGAAAA